AGUGCAUAUAAAGGGAAGACUCGGCUGUAUGCUAUCAGCAAGAAGUCCAACAUAAACAUAUCACAAGUAGGUUAAAACUGGUUAAAGUAAAAAGAAAGAUAAAAAGACAUACUAUACUAACAUUAAUCCAAACAGAGCUAGUUGUACCAAAACAAGACAGGAAUGAAUAGAGGGUCAUUCUCGUCUCUUCUGCAGUGCUAGAGAUCAAACCCAGUGCUUUGAGUAUGCUAGGUAAGCGUUCUACCUUUGAAAGAUAAAUCCAGACCUCAGCGUCACUUCCUAAUGAUACCAUCCCAUAUAUUCAUUUAACUUCCAAAUAUAUGAGAGAGAAAAAAGGCAGAACCGAGAAACAAUUGUAUAGAUUUAACAACCUUUUUGUGACUGGUUUCUUAAUGUUCUAUGACUAGUUUAGAAUGGUGGACACACAGACGAAAUGUGGCCAGAGGGCUUUUGUUAUUUUAAAAUUCGCUGGCAAACCUGCAAUGGAUCACCAUCGCUCAGGAGGCUGAAGUAGGAGGAUAUUCUGGACUACAUAGCAAGACUGACUCAAGUAAAGAUGCAAAAAAGCCUUAGAUAAGACGCUGUUCCCUUUGACUAGUGGCACCAUCAGUAUUGUUAAAAACAAUUUCAGUUCUCACCUAGGGCCUGCAACUCCAGCAUUCCGAAAGCUGAGGCAGGAGGAUCUGAGUUCUAGAGCAGUCGGGGUUAUAUAGCAAGAGCCCGUUUGAAGAAAAUAAUCAGUUCUCACUGGCCAGCUACACUGCACAGCUGAGAAGGAAAAUAAAUCGAGGGAUUGUAGGCAGCCGUUUGGAAGCUCAUUAAAAUUCAGAUUGCUGGCCCCACCCCCACGCGGUCCGGACGCAGCCGCAGCAGCGCGCGCUUGGAUUUGAUUCUAAUACUAUCUCCGGUGACGCAGCUCGUCCCAGGACCGCGCUUCCCGAGCCAACUCUGUCGUCCCCUCCGAUCGUCGACUUCCGCAACACUAGUCGGAGGCGAAACAAAACUCAGCGGUAGGACACGGCGUCCCAAAGUCGCGCAAACAACUCCAAGACAACAUCCCGCCGCCAAGCGAGUUCCGGACACCGGAAGUACGCGUACCCACGUCGGCGUCAGCGUCACGUCCGCGUCGGCCACGUCCAGCGGAGACGGGAACAAGAUGGCGAUCCCGGGCAGGCAGUAUGGGCUUCUUUUGCCAAAGAAAACACAGCCGUUGCACCGAGUUUUGCAAAAACCGUCUGUAUUUGGGAAUGAUUCUGAUGAUGAUGAGACCUCCGUGAGUGAAAGCCUUCAGAGGGAAGCUGCUAAGAAGCAGGCCAUGAAACAGACCAAACUGGAGAUUCAGAAAGCUCUUGCAGAAGAUUCCACUGUGUAUGAGUACGACAGCAUUUAUGAUGAAAUGCAGAAAAAAAAGGAAGAAAGUAAUCCCAAAUUGCUUUUGGGGAAAGAUCGAAAGCCCAAAUACAUUCACAAUUUGCUAAAAGCAGUGGAGAUCAGGAAAAAGGAACAGGAAAAAAGAAUGGAGAAGAAAAUACAGAGAGAGCGAGAGAUGGAAAAGGGAGAAUUUGAUGAUAAAGAGGCGUUCGUGACAUCUGCUUAUAAAAAAAAACUUGAAGAGAGAGCUGAGGAGGAGGAAAGAGAGAAGAAGGCUGCUGCCCUGGAAGCACGACUGGAUGUGACCAAGCAGAAAGAUCUCAGUGGAUUUUAUAGGCACCUGCUAAAUCAAGCAGUUGGUGAAGAGGCAGUUCCUAAGUCCAGCUUCCGUGAAGCCAGGACUGGAAUAAAAGAAGAGAAGCCCAGGGGUUACUCUGAUGAAAUAAAUUCAGAGGACAGACCACAGCAGAACUGUGCUCUUCAGACUGGUGAAGAGGAGGCAAACCCAGAUGCUGACAGCGAUUUUGACACUAAGAGCAGCGAUGACGAUGAAAGGGGAGGAAAUAAAGUAAACUACAGACGGGAAGAAGACCCAGAAGCCUCCAAGAAACACCCCAAGCAUCACAAGAAUCAUACCCACUCACGAUCAUCUAGUGAAGAGAGAGGGCAUAGUACCAAGUACCACUCCAGAAGCCCCAAGUCAAGAGGGCAUCACCAAGACAGGCAGGCCAGAGAGCAGGAGAGCCGGCACACGGACCACGGCCACCGCAAAGAAAAGAGUUCCCACAGGCACAGAGAAGCCGAUCACAAAGAUGACUACUGCAAGAGGCAUGAGCACGAAGAUAAAGUGAGGAGACGAGAACAGCGAGAGAGAGAGGACAGAGAGUGGAAAAGGGAGACACACUCCUCUAGAGAACUAGAUAGAGACAGACACCGUCAUGACCAGGACCGAUACAGUGAGAAAGGAAGAAAGGAGAGAUAUGAGAGCAACGGUAGGCACAGAGAGAUGGAGAAACAGGAACGAAGUCGAGACAGAAGGGAAAGCAGCCCAAAGUCUAGACCAAAGGACGAAUUUGUUGACCAGGAAAAAUCCAGCAGAAUAAGAAAUGUGGAAAAGGACAAAGGGGAUCAAGAGAAGCCCUCUCGUUCUGAAACCUCACCAACAGCAAAGCACAGACUGGCAGAGGAGAGGCCCCCUGAGGCCCUGAGCAAGUUUGCAAAGCGGAGCAGUGAGGAGACUGUGCUGUCAGCUAGAGACAGGUACUUGGCCAGGCAGAUGGCGCGGAUUAAUGCAAAGACUUACAUUGAGAAAGAAGAUGACUAAUGGCUGCCAGGGUCUGGAGUUCCUGAGCAUAGAACAUUGUGACCCCCUGGAACUUGCUUUAAGAAAGCAAACAAGUAUGUGAACAGUGACUGGAGGGGUUUUGUUUUUUUUGUUUUGUUUUGUUUUUUUGUUUUUUCUGGAGGGUAUUUUUUAAGGUAUAUUUUCAAAAUUUGUGAAGUCAGAAGUCCGUUCUUUCAGGUUCAGUGCACAGCUGGAUUUGUGAGGUAUUUCCUAGUCUGUAACACUUUGUUGAUUGUACUCAAGAAUCAUACAGUGUUAAAUCUUCCAGUAGAUCCGUUGUGAGGAAAAUUGGCUUCUUUAAAACCAUUAAAAUAAGUCUUUAAUAAUGUU